AGCGAAAGUGUCGGAGGGAGCAGGAAGGGGAGCGGGGCCCUGCCGCCCCCCACCCCCCGGGCGCGCCCCCCCCCGGGGAGGGCACCGCGCUCGCGGGGACCCCCGCGCCCCCCCGAGAGAGGGGCCCGGCGGGGGCGGGACCCCCGGCCCCCCCACUCCGCCCCCCGCAGCCCGCCCCGUCGGGUCGGUGGCAGGGGGUGUCCGUCCGUCCGUCCGUCCCUUCCCCCCCCCCCGCCGGGGCCAUGUCGCGGCUGGAGGCGGUGGCCAACGUGGCGCUGCGGGUGCCGGGCCUGGCGCUGCUGGAGCUGCUGUACCGCUGGGACGCGGCGGCCCUGGGCGAGGCGCUGCGCCCGCGCCGCCCCGACGCCUUCCUCCGGCCCCGCGCCCUCCGCGGCGCCUACUGCCUGGGCCACGUGCUGUGCGUGGUGGUGCUGAUGCUGCCCGUGCGCUCGCUGGUGAAGCUCUACCUCCACCUGCUCACCGCCCUGCUGCUCUCCGCGGGGCACCAGACGGCCAGGGACUACAUCCGCCGCGAGCUGGAGUCCGAGUUCCAGGGCGCCGUGUACGACGACCCCGUUGCGCUCGGCCGCUUCGUCACCGCCGUCGCAGGCCAGCUCUCCGUGUGCACCCUCUGCUCGCUCGUCAUGAGGACCAGGCAAGCGUGGCUCUUCGCUGCCCCGCUGCUCCCCUUGCUGGCCCGGCUCUGCGGCUUCCCCCUCCACGUGCUGCCCGCGGUCAACACCUUUGCCACCAUGCUCACCGUGGCGGAGGUGCUCUACGUUGUCAGCUCCCACAUCCUCGUGCCCUUCCAGCUGGCUGCCGUGGCCUGCAGGGAGCUCGUCCGGGCGCUGGAGGCGUACAGGCUGGUCGCGCUGGGGGUGUCACUGUGGUGCCAGCUGGCCGUCCCGCUCGUCUUCCUCGUGUUCUGGCUGGUGCUCUUCUCCCUGCGCCUCUCCUCCUUGCUGGCCUCUUCCAGCAGCCCCCUCGCCCAGCAGGGCCUGAUCUUCGUCCUCCUUAGCAGUGUGGCCGAGUGCUGCAGCACGCCUUACUCCCUCAUUGGCCUCACCUUCACUGUCUCCUACCUUGCUCUGGGCGUGCUGAACCUCUGCAAGUUUUACCUGCUGGGCUACGGUGCCUUCCAGAAUGGCAACGUCAUGCACAGGGGGGUGACGGAGGGUGUGACGCUGCUGCUGCUGGCACUGCAGACGGGGCUACUCGACCUGCAGAUCCUCCAGCGGACCUUCCUCCUCAGCAUCAUCCUCUUCAUCGUGGUGACCUCCACGCUGCAGUCCAUGAUCGAGAUAGCUGACCCCAUUGUGCUGGCGCUGGGGGCCUCCCGCAACAGGAGCCCCUGGAAGCAUUUCCGCGGUGUCAGCAUGUGCCUCUUCUUGCUGGUUUUCCCUUGCUUCAUGGCCUACAAGAUCGCACAUUUCUUCCACUUGGAUUUCUGGCUGCUGAUCCUGGUCUCCAGCUGCAUGCUCACCUCUCUGCAGGUGAUGGGCACGCUCUUCAUCUACGCGCUCUUCAUGGUCGAGCUGUUCCAGGACACGCCGCUGGAGCGCAUGGACGAGAUCAUCUACUGUGUGAACGCGGUGAGCCGGGUGCUGGAGUUCCUGGUAGCCGUGUGCGUGGUGGGCUACGGCACCUGGGAGUCCCUCUUCGGCGAGUGGAGCUGGAUGGGCGCCUCCGUCAUCAUCAUCCACUCCUACUUCAACGUCUGGCUGCGCGCCCAGUCGGGCUGGAAGAGCUUCCUGCUGCGCCGCGAGGCGGCGAAGAAGAUCAGCUCCCUGCCCAGGGCCACGCGUGGGCAGCUGCGGGACCACAACGACGUGUGUGCCAUCUGCUUCCAGGACAUGCAGGUGGCCGUGAUCACCCCCUGCAACCACUUCUUCCACGGUGCCUGCCUCCGCAAGUGGCUCUACGUGCAGGACACCUGCCCCAUGUGCCACCAGCAGGUCCAGCCAGCGGCCGCCGAGGGAGGACCAGGCGCCGGGGACACAGCGGAGCCGGAGCCAGACCACGAGGACAAGGUGACGGAGGAUGGAGGAGCCUCUGCAAGCCCUGGCCAGCCGGAGUGGAGUGCACCAGUGCCGGCUCAGCCCUGGGACGAAGGGCUGCCCCCGGGACCGCUGCCCGGCCAGGGCGGCAGCAGGGCUUCCCCAGGCCCCGGGGCUGCUCAUCCGGAUGCCUCUACUCGGCAGGAGCAAGGAAUGGGUACCUUCCCGGAGCCCUGUGGGGCAGAGACCUCCGUCCAGGACACGCAGCACCCAGUGCCUGCCGCUGACAGCCCACAGCUGGGCGCGGGGCACAGUGGGGGCUCCCACAGCAGUCACGGCCCCUCCUAGCACAGCGGCUCUCACCUCAGCCCUCCCGUCACAAACUGCCGGGCGCUUCCCCUGCUGCAAGACCUGGGGAGGCUGCUCCCAACGCUCCGGGGGGCUGGCGGCACCCCCAGCCUGGCUGAGCCUGCAGCACGGGUCCCCUCUCGCUAGCCUGGCCUCGGUGCUGCGGCACUGCCGCGCUGGAGAGCCCCAGCCGCGAGCAGGGCUGGGGCUGAGCAGGACGCUCGUGAUGCUUGGUGCCCGGCAAUCAGGUAGGGCUACGGACUCUUUUCUGCAAUAAAGCAGGAACUGAAGUUGCUGCUGGCUGCGCCCGAACGGAGUCUGAGCAGCGGCAGCGGCGGGCGAGCUGGGGUGCUGCGUUGCCUUUGCUUUGGAGGUGUGGGAGUCUCGAAGGUAUUGGGCAGGGGUGUCCUGGCCCUGGUGCCCCCCAGGGAGCUGCCAGCUGCUGCUGGCGCUGCGCCCUGGGCGCCUCGCAGCAGCACCUCCCCCCCGCACCGCCCUUGGGGUUGCAAUUAAACUGCCGCCGCGGUC